AUGAUUUCUAAAUCAUACAAAUUUAGGGAUGAGUCGGCACCAAGAAAAAUCGAGGAUGCGAAUGCUGUAAUGCCAGAUGAUUGGUUGGAAGAUGAGGAAUCACUGAUUCCUGACCCUGAAGCAAAAAAGCCCGAUGACUGGGAUGAUAGCAUGGAUGGUGAAUGGGAAGCGCCAAAAAUCGACAAUCCAAAGUGCAAGGACAGAAGUGGUUGCGGCCCGUGGAGUAAACCGUUGAUUGAUAAUCCCAAUUACAAGGGAAAAUGGAAGCCGCCACGUAUUGCGAAUCCAAAUUACAAAGGCAAAUGGAAGCCACGGCAGGUGGAAAAUCCGAAUUACUUUGAGCCACAUCCUUUUUCCCAGCUGCAGACAAUCACAGCGCUUGGC